CCUGCUGCUGCUGCUGCUGCAUUGCCAAAGAGUUAAGCCAGCAGUGGAGAAAAGGGGUGUGGAGUCAGGAAGGCAAAGUGAGGGGCUGUAUAAAACCGAGACUAAAAGAAGACCAGGCACUCUAUUAUCCAGCUCGCCUGGCUCUCUCCCGCUCUCUCUGCCUCAACAGGAACCUCCAGCACGACCGCCUUACACCUAGACAGAGGAAGAAACACAAACCUUUCCAGACUGCUCCCAUACAGAACAGCCUUGAACGCUAGACUCCAGCAGAAGGAUGGCUGCAGCGGCACUGAAGAGAAUGAAUGACGCUAAAGAAAAACUUAUUUUGGUCCUGGUCCUUUGUGCCCUGCUGAUGAUAGAUCACGCAAACUGUCAAGAGCCUGGUACUAGUCCAGCAACUCCACCAGCUCCAGCACAUUCAACAACUCUAACACAUCCAGCAGCUUCAAGAGAUCCAGCAGCUCCAACAGAUCCAACAUCUCCAUCGAGAUCAACAGGGCCAGCAGAUCCAAAAGGGGGGGUAGAUGCCGCAGGUUUAUCAGAUCCUACAUCUGCUGCAAUCCCUACAGACCAGGCAGGAUCUCUCGUCACAUCCACUGGUCCAGUUGUCGCUGUUUCAAAAGCUGAAGCUACGAUGAUCCCUGUGAAUACUACAGUUACAAUUGUCGAUACAAGCCCAGCGUCUGACUCGGGUGCCUCCAGCACAGCUCAUGCAUCAGCCAACACUGCAGCAUCAACUCCAGGCAGCUCCACCACUUCUCCACAGACAGAGAGCAGCACUCUGUCACAGGCAACGACACACGCACCGGACACCACAUCCUCUCCUUCAACACCAAAUGAAUCCACUGAAUUACAGGGAAAUUUGAAACUACAAGCACUGGUCCACUGUGUUCAUAAGGAAGACAUACAAGACAAAGAUGCUAUACAGCUGGAAAUGAAAGAAGAAACCACUUGUGAACAACUCAAACAGCUGGUCCUUGAAGUGAAACAUGAACUGUGCAAGGAGGACAGCGAGUGCAAUAUUGCCAUCUAUCAAAAGCCCAGGUCCAAGAACAUCCUCAUCAGCAGCUCCAAAAUCACAGAAAACCCCAAAGACGUGGCCUCCUACUUGAACAGUGAAAAUGCGAAGAAACAGCUUGGCCUCAUGACUGCCACACCUCACUGGAGGAAGCAUCCCCCGAGUAUCCUGGUCUCCUUGGUCAUUGCGGGCUUGUUGCUGGCAGCUCUCCUGAUCGGGGGAUACUGCUACAAGACUCGGAAGACUGGGAGCUCCAAGGGAGAGAGACUGACCGAAGACCCCUGUCAGGCGGAGAGCGAUAACCAAGGUGGUACUCUAGUGUCCGUGGCCCCCCUGCACCCCCCCGAGUCACAAGGGAAGCCCAGCACUAAUGGGGAUUCGCAGGACAUGGGAAAGAACCACCCCCCCAGCCCCAACUCCACCACCACCACCACCAACGGGCAUUCUGCCAAGCAAGCCCCCAUGGCAGACACAGAGCUGUAGAGACAGACAGCACACCCUGAGCACACCCAGCAGGGCGAGUGCAUAUCCAGACAGGAAUCCAUUCUUCUUUGUUUCCUCUUCCUCGCCAAUAUCGGUUGAGCGUAACUCGCCACUUACAGAACUCAUUUAAAGAAUCAAGAUUGUGAAGUGCUGUCUGGGUUGCACUGGUCAGCAAAAAAAAAAAAAUUAACAAAGCAAACUGAACUGCAGGGAGUGCUUUCAAUAUGGGACAAAUGCCAAUGCAGAUCGCAGUAGACACAAUACAUCAUGAUCUGUGGAUGCACAGGUGCUAAACUGCAGAAGAACCAACGCAGUAUAAUUCCAAGUGUAAUCAAUGAUUUAAACUGCUCUGCCUUGCAGUAAUUUCUCCCAAUUGAAAGCACUUUCUGUCCAGUGGAUAGUCCCAUAUAUUUAGACAAGGUGAUGGCUUGGAGAGUUGGUGAAGUGAAGACUGGGCUGAACAACUGGUGCUUUAUAUUACAAACUAAAACAACUGGCUUUAGUAAGAGGUAAAGCAAAAUACAGCAUUCAAAUAAUUCUCCAUUUCAUUACUGCAAGCUUUACUGACAUACUGAGCUUUUUCUCCACUACAAAGUUGAACCCGCUUACUUCUUAAAGCUGGCAGUUUUGCACCAGAGAAAGACAAAUAGUAACAUGGGCACAUGAAGUGGUUUUUUGUUGGGUUUUUUUUUGGUGCGUUUGUUUAUUUGUUUGUUUUUUUAUUUUAGACAUUCCAAACCCAACUUUUCUUUUUACUCUCAGCUUACUACAAUGUUAAGUGUUUUUUGGGUUAUUUUUUUUGUCUGGUUAGGAAUUAAUAUUUGAAAUUAAUUAGUUUUGUAUGAAUACUGAUAUUUUUCAUAAUUGUGUAUGUGUAAAUAAGUAGUCGAUUGCUGCUUCCUGUUAUAAGUAAAACAUUCUGUAUAUGCCUAUAAGUUGCAAACAUGUUAUGUGUUUUAUGUUUCUUUGGUUUUCAUCUAUUGUAUUUGUUCAUAGCUUGGGCAAAAAAUUGACGUGGUUUGCAUAACAUCUUUGCGUGUGUAGAGGGUGCUAGUGUGUGCACACAAGAGCAAGCAUAUGCAACUGCAUAGCUGAUCUGUUAGAAUUUGAGAAUGGUGUUGUGGUGGGCUCCAUUACAGACACGUGCGGGCUAAAUUCAAACUCUUCUUUGGCAUACCCCAGUCGUCACAGCUUGACUGAUUUUGCAAGCCCCUGGAAGAGCAGCCCUACUGUGCAGGGAGUGUUACGACGCUGUGCGUCACAAUAUGUUCAGCUGCAGUGCCAUGUUUGUACAAUACAAAUAUUUCGAGGCAAAACUGCAGCAGCACGAGCUUGGCGAGCGAGCGUGUGUUUAUUCUGCAUGUGUGCUGAACAGUCCUGGCAUCGCAGACUGGAGCAAGCUGCCAUCACACGAUUUCAUCUCACUCGCAAGUACAGUAGACAUGCACGUGUGUUUUGAUUUUUUUGUCCAAGCAGUGUAUAUCUUCCAGGGUUUUUUUUUUCUGAAGUAUAGGACAGAUCUUCUGUUGUGUGUGCGUGUGUGUCUCCUGUUUUGAGGAGCGAUGGUUCUUGUAGCAUGCCUGUGAGCUGUAGUCUGUGAUGUUGCUGUUUCCGACAUGAAAGCUGUGUUUAUUGCUUUGUAAAACUGGGGUGCCCUUAUAGGCCAGGAGACAAAGGGAGGAGAGCCGCCCUGCAACAGACAUGUGUCUCACUUGUAUUUCAUUUUCAGGGGGUCCUGUAUAAACUUGCAUUCUUUUCUGAACCAAUAGUCCUAUGCAAAUAUUGUUCGUUUGACAUUUUCUCCAGGGGUUAGACUGUCCUGGAACACAUGUCUUCUUACCAAUUGUAACCCAUAAAAAAUAAUUAUUUUGUAAAUAAAUAAUAAUAAUACAUUCAGAAA